AUGUCAAAUUGUCCAUCACGUAUUCAUCUUAACAAAAGAGAGAUGGAAUUGCAACAUGAUGAGCAAUCAUUAGACUUGCUUAGUUCUGAAGCUCACAUAUGGAACCAUAUUUACAGCUUUAUAAAUUCCAUGUCACUGAAAUGUGCUAUUCAGUUGCAAAUACCUGAUAUCAUCAAUCGCCAUGGUGCACCAAUGUUGCUCUCCGAGUUAGUGGAAGCCCUCUCCAUCAAAAACGAGAAAACCCAGUAUGUCUUUCGACUUAUGGGCAUGCUUGUUCACUCUGGUUUCUUUGUAAAACAAAGUAUAUCCACAACUGAAGACAACGAUGACGAGGAAACAAAAGGCUAUUUGUUAGCUCCUGCUUCUCGAUACCUUCUAACAGAAGAGCCACUAAGCAGUAGGUCCCUUGUGCUCGCCAUGUUGGAUCCCAUACUGAUGGAUCCAUGGCAAUCAUUAUUGGGAUUUUCUAUGAAGAGUCGAAGCUUAAACAGUUCUUCAACGAAUCAAUGGCCAAUGAUUCAAGGCUUGUUAUGA